UGAUGUCAUCCAUUGUGAGCUGACAGACUUUCCUGGGCCGUGAUGAACAACCCUUAGGCAAGUGGAAAGGGAGGUCAGAUCAGAAAAUUGCAAUUGGCCCCUUGACCAUAGAGAGAGAAAGACAUGUUACCAUCAACUCCUCCAAGUGGAAGACCCUGGCAGAAGUCAAAGAAGAUACUGGAUGUUCAAAGAUGCUAUCAAGCCUAUCAUUGCCCUGAUUCAACAAUGGUCAUUAGGGGCCUCCCACCUGCCAUUGAAGAACCAGACCCUGGAGUAGAACUUGGGGUGGAAGAUGGUCUACUCUGCCAACUUCUUCAUUCUCCAGAGUUUAACCUGUUUCCCAACUCGGCUGUCUUUGAAAGCAACUUCAUCCAGAUUCGUGCCCUUGGGGCUGCUUUUCAGGUAACAAAGUACAAUAAUUGGAGAAACAUCUAUGAUUCAUCUACAACUGUGGCUCUUGGUGUGACCUCAUCAGUGCCAUGCCUACCUCUUCCCAACAUCCUCCUGAUGGCCAAAGUCAAGUGGCCCAAAGGGCAAUCUCCAAAGUGGAUCUGUCCAAUAGAAAUGCCAACUAUCACCCUCAAGAGAAUUCUUCCACUAAAGUUUGUGGAGCUCCAAGUUUGUAACUGGUCUCAGCGUAUCCUGAGGGUUCGUACUGUUGCUGAAAAAAUUUACUACCUAAAACUCCACAUAGACCACCCUGAGGUUGUGUUCCAGUUCUGGGUCCGACUGUUGUGUAUUCUGGACAGGGGACUGUCCAUCACCACUAAAGACCCAAGAAUUCAUGUGCCUCACUGCCUGGUGCCCAAGGUCUGCAAAUCCUCUGGCAAUGGCCCAGAAGCAGUCGAAAAUAGCAAACCACUACCUGCUGGACCAAGCGAGAGUCUUGCUCUUCUUAUGGCCAAGGGGAUGUCUGAAGCCUCAAAGCGUCCAGCAAACUUGACCCAUCACAAGAAACCAGUCAGGACCACAGACAUCAACCUCAUGGAGAUCAUCAGAGAUAUUCAGGCAAGAAACCCAGAGCAAGAAAGUUCCUCUCAAGAAACUAUUCAAAGAAACAAAGGAGACCUAUGCUUGAGAGAUUCUUUCUCUCAUAGUAUGUGGGAAAGAGAAAAUCCCUCUGGGCUACAGUCCCUGUCUCUCCUUAGCACCUUGGCAGCCUCCAUUCAUUGCUUUGGCCCUCAGCCUUAGGAGGUGCAGCCAUGAUCGUGCAGUGGAUUUUGCAGCAGAAGGUGUGUAAUAGCGGCAGAAAGAGGAAUGAAUGGCAAAAUGAUCAGGUGAUCAAUAACAAGGAAGGCAGUUUGGAACAAGACAUCCAAAGAGGUGGCUGAUGGCCAUGGAGGGAUGCAAGAUUAGCCAGCAGAGGUGUCCAGGAACAGCAGCAGCAGAAACCUGCAGUUGUCAAUCAGCAGCAACAGCAACUGGUAACCACAGAGGGGCAGGAAUGACAGGUAACAGCAAAAGCAAUGACCAAAUAUGGAUCUCUAGAAUCAAUUAAGGCUCAAAAGGAAAUUACAACAGUGGAAAUGAACCGAACAGCAAUGGAAAAGAUGAAUUUCAAAGCUGCCUCCAGGGAUUACAAAACUAUGAAUAUCAAGGUAGACUCUUUAAAAAUUAUGAUGGAAAUCAGACAAGUGAUACUAAAAAUGGCCAAGCUACUCAA